UCUCCCGGCCAGGCCGCUGCCGUAAGGGGUUGAAGAGUCCCAGCGCCGGAGUUCCCGUCGCCCUUCAGGGUCCCGCCAGGUGGAUUAACGUGGCUGGGGAGGGCUGAGGGUUCGCGCCCGCGCGUGGGGUCUUCAGGGAAGGCGCGUCGCCUUGCAGGCCUCAUCAGGUUGGAAACAAGCUAUUCCAGAAACAAUCAGGCCAUGCUGUUGCCAACUUCCUAACUAAAGGCUGACGUUCCUGCACAAACCUUUCCCUGGUAAAAUGUCUUUGCCGCUUACAGAAGAGCAGAGGAGAAAGAUUGAAGAGAAUCGACAAAAGGCUCUGGCUCGUAGAGCAGAGAAGUUUCUGGCAGACGAGCCUCACAGCACCGUUGCUAACGUAACUCGUGGACCUUUGACCGAAGCAAAGAGUUCCCAGGACAAACCAGCUUCUUCCUCUGGACAACCUCCAAGGAGUCCUGAGUCAAAGGACAAGACAGAGAAACCCUCCACCUCGGGGCAGAGCAUUUCUCACAUCCAUGGCUCAGGGGGUGUGACACCUAAGACAGAAGGAAGACUCCCACAGAAACUGGGGACCUCUCUCCCCAAAGUAAGCUGUCAGAAGGGGAAGUGCAUAAGGAAUGGGGAUCGUUUCCAGGUAAAGAUUGGCUACAAUGAAGAGCUCAUUGCGGUGUUUAAGAGCCUGCCCAGCCGAAGUUACGACCCUUCCACCAAGAUGUGGGACUUCAGCAUGACUGACUACAGUGCCUUGAUGAAAGCGACCCAGCGCCUCUCCACAGUCUCUCUGGAGCCAUUGGAAGGCGUCAGCGGCGGGGGACAGGCCAGCCUUCCUGUCGCGCCGUCCCUGGCCUUUGUCAAAGGCAGAUGCAUACUCAUCUCGCGUGCUCGCUUCGAGGUUGACAUCGGCUACUCACAGGAGCUGAUCGAGCUGUUUAAACAGAUGGAUUCCAGGAUGUACGAUGUCAAGACCAGGAAGUGGAACUUUCUCCUGGAAGAGCACAAGAAACUAAUUGCAAAAGUAUCCUCCCUCAAGCAAGUUCAGCUAGAACCUCUGCCCAAGACUCUCACCCUGGCAUUCGCAUCUCAACUGGAGAAAACAUCGCCCCAUCUCAAAGCAGAUAUCCCAGAAGCUGACCUUUCUGGAGUGGAUGCCAAGCUUGUGUCUACCCUGAUGCCUUUUCAGAGAGCUGGAGUUAAUUUUGCUGUGGCUAAAAGAGGCCGCCUGCUGCUGGCUGAUGACAUGGGCCUGGGGAAGACCAUCCAGGCCAUCUGUAUAGCUGCCUUUUACCGGAAGGAGUGGCCCCUCCUGGUGGUUGUGCCGUCCUCCGUGCGCUUCACCUGGGAGCAGGCCUUUCUUCAAUGGUUACCAUCUGUGAGCCCGGAGGACAUCAAUGUGGUGGUGACCGGAAAGGGCCGUCUGACGGCUGGCUUGGUCAACAUUGUCAGUUUUGACCUUCUUACCAAGUUGCAAAAACAGCUGAAAACGCCCUUCAAAGUUGUCAUCAUCGAUGAAUCUCAUUUCCUCAAGAAUAUCAAGACUGCCCGCUGUCGAGCAGCUGUGCCCAUUUUAAAGGUUGCCAAGAGGGUGAUCUUGCUGUCGGGCACACCAGCCAUGUCACGGCCUGCAGAGCUCUACACGCAGAUCAUCGCGGUCAAGCCAACGUUCUUCCCCCAGUUUCAUACCUUUGGACUUCGCUACUGUGAUGCCAAACGGAUGACGUGGGGCUGGGAUUACUCGGGCUCCUCCAACCUGGGGGAGCUGAAGCUCCUGCUGGAAGAGGCCGUGAUGCUGCGACGCCUCAAGUCCGACGUCCUGUCCCAGCUGCCCGCCAAGCAGCGCAAGAUGGUGGUGGUCGCCCCGGGUCGAAUCAACGCCAGGGCCAGGGCUGCCCUGGAUGCCGCAGCCAAGGAAAUGACCAGUGACAAAACUAAACAACAGCAGAAAGAGGCCCUCAUUGUUUUCUUCAACAGGACAGCUGAAGCUAAAAUCCCAUGCGUCAUUGAAUAUAUCUUGGACCUUCUGGAAAGUGGAAGAGAGAAGUUUCUAGUGUUUGCUCACCAUAAGGUGGUUCUUGAUGCAGUGACAAAGGAACUGGAAAGGAAGCGCGUUCAGCACAUCCGCAUCGAUGGCUCCACCCCCUCAGCAGACCGAGAGGAGCUCUGCCAGCGGUUCCAGCUGUCUGAAGGGCACACCGUGGCAGUGCUGUCCAUCACGGCUGCCAACAUGGGCCUCACCUUCUCCUCAGCCGACCUGGUGGUGUUCGCAGAGCUGUUUUGGAACCCUGGGGUGCUGAUCCAGGCAGAGGACCGGGUGCACCGCAUCGGACAGACAGGCUCUGUGGGAAUUCAUUACCUGGUGGCGAAAGGCACAGCGGAUGACUACCUUUGGCCCAUGAUUCAAGAGAAGAUUAAAAUUCUGGGGGAAGCCGGGCUGUCUGAGACCAAUUUCUCAGAAAUGACAGAAGCCACUGAUUACCUCUACAAGGACCCGACGCAGAAAACAAUCUAUGACCUGUUUCAGAGGUCCUUUGAAGAGGAUGGAAGUGACAUGGAGCUCCUGGAGGCUGCAGAGACCUUUGACCCAGGAAGUGCUUCAGGAACCUCUGGAAGUAGUUUCCAGGAUUUGGGAGGCAACCUGGAUGAAAAUUCCUUGACCGACAGUCCACCAAACAAAAGGAGAUUUGAAUUUUUUGAUGACUGGGACAGCUUUACGUCUCCUUUCUAGAAGGGGCCAAUUUUUUAAUGCAUAAAAAAAAAAUCAUGGUAUUCACUAAAAUAAAAUAUUUUGUUUAGAAA